UUCAAACAAAGGGAAAAAGAAAGAAAAAAAAAAGCUGGUGAAAUAUAUAGUUGUUUUAAAGCUUUCCGACAGAAAAAACCAAAGACCAUCGAAUGGAGUUGCCUUGCGACGUGGUAAUGGAAUCGAGUUGCCUUGCGGAGAAGUGGUGGUAAAAGCAAACGAUACGAGAGACGGCGAAGGAGCUUGGCCGGUCCUUCUUCUUAAGGAGGGGCCGAAACACGAGAGGCGAUUGCUGAAGGAGCAGCAGUUGUGCGCGGAGCGGCAUGAACGUGGAAGCCAUGGAUGAAUCCGAAGCGCUUGUUUCGGCGAUGACGGAGAUCCAGUCCACAGCGCAACAAUGGCCAGACAGAACGAGGCCCAUCAUACGGAGGGUCCAUUACCUUCUUCGAAGUAUCGAGAAGGGCGACCAGUACUUCAACCCCGAGGUAGUGGCGAUCGGGCCGUACCACCGACACGACCCGCAAGUGCAGCCGGCAGAGGCAAUCAAGAAGGCGGUCGCCCUCGACUUCUGCAAGAGCUCACGGCGCUCCGUCCGAGAGUUCUACAAAGUGGUUCGUGAUGUGACUCCUCUGGCUCGGUUGUGCUAUGCGGACCGAUUCGACGACAUCAGCGACAAGGAAUUCGCGGACAUGAUGUUCUUCGAUGGCUGCUUUCUGCUGCAGUUCAUUGUGACGGCAACCGGGUACAUCCCGGCAUCUUUAUCCGUCGAAAGGUGGAUGAGCUCUUUCAACCUAGAUCGAGUCUUUAGGGACGUCAUGUUGCUCGAGAACCAGCUUCCGUGGGUGGUUCUAGAGGCCCUUAUGAGUUUCCGAUGGGUACCUAUCGAUCUGUUUCUCCAAAAAAUUGUUGCUAAGAUUGAUAUGACGGCGGGGUUGCUGCCUCCAUACGAUGAGGGCGGCAGCCACCGCGACAACGACCGCAGUCCCUGCCACCUCCUAGAGCUCGUGCGUGAGAAAUUCCUAGGCCCCCAGGUCCAGCGAGGCGACGAUAUUGUGACGCAUAUCUCGAUCUUCACCUCCGCCAUCGACCUCGCAGAAGUCGGGGUUCGAAUUUGUGCUAGCGAUACGUUCCGGUUCCGCAACUUCAGCUUCCGUAGGGGCCCGCUCUACGGGUGGCUAUCCCUCCCACCAAUCGUGCUCACCACGUACAACAGGAUCGUCCUCAGCAAUUUGGUGGCGUUCGAGAUGUGCCCCGGUGUUGCGUCUGAGAGCUCGGUAGGCUCCUACCUCUCUCUGCUCGUCGCCCUCAUUAGCCGGGAGGAGGACGUCAAGGAGCUGAGAUCAAAGAAGAUACUAUACGGCGGUCUCAGCGACCAACAGUCUCUCAGCUUCUUCAAGUCCCUCUCCCCUUACCUCAUGACCGGCAAUGACUACAUGUCUCUGCUUCAGCACCUUAACGACUACCACAGACGCAGAAAGGUGAGGGUCUUUAUUCACAAGAUCGUCUACAACAACUUCAACUUCCUUUUGGCCGCUACCUCAGUCGUUCUCUUCCUCAUCACUAUUCUCCAAACCAUCUUCACCAUCUAUCCUCGGAAAUGACAAGCUUCAUUCCAACAUUACCUAAGACUUAGCUUUAAUUUGUUUCUUUUCAUACGUGCUUUGCUUGCCCUUGAAAUAAAAUGAUGGAAAUAAAAAUGAUGGAAAAUUAAAAGAAAAAAGAAAUUAAAUUGUUGUCCUGAUUUUGUUUAUUUUGUUUUUUCUUUUGUUUUGUUUUGUUUUUUUUUUUUUGGUUUCUUUGAUCUUAAUGUACAACUUGUUUAAUGAUUCACUUUUCUGGUUUGAACGUCUGAGUAAAUAAAGACACUAAAUAAGGUGUGCAAGUUAAAAUUGAUAAUAACUUUUAACUGACAACACACCUUCAAGCACGCUGAGUCACCGACAAAUAAUACUUCCAUCAUUAAGCAAUUAAUACUUAUAUCAUUAAGCAAUCUCUAGAAAACAAGUUUAAUAACGCUUCCAUUGCAGGGAGCUCUCUAAUGACUUACGACAUCUUAUUGAAAAACUAGUAAAGGACCGACGUGUUGCUGCAGAACGAUUCUGCAGAAAUAAAUAUAUAAAUAAA